GCGGAGCUUUCAGGUGCGCGUCCCACAGCAGGUGCGUUUGUGUCGUCACCGCGUAGUUAGAACUGCCAGGAAGGAAAAGAUUUCCUUACUUAGUUACCAUGGUCUCUUCGAACGCAGCGGAGCCACUUUUAGUCCAGUUUUAGCGUCUUGUUUUGUCCGGUUUAGCGGUUUUGUUCGGAGCAGGAGCACCUGAGGACGGCAGGCGGAGGAACAUGGGGAAAAAAGAAGAGGACAGGCCAGACUCCGAAUACGGUGAACCGGCCCAGUUUGACCCAACCUUUAAUGGACCCAUAAAGAAAAGAGGAUGCACGGAUAUAAUCUGCUGUAUUCUGUUCAUGGUCGUCAUCCUCGGCUACAUCGGCGUAGGAAUCUUAGCUUGGCUCUAUGGAGAUCCCAGACAUGUCCUCUUUCCAAGGAAUUCAACCGGUUGGUUCUGUGGCAUCGGGCCCAACAAAGACAAACCACACUUGUUCUACUUCGAUAUUCUGAAAUGUGCGUCGUCUGUGAACAUUCUGGUGACGUCGCUGAACGGGUUGCAGUGCCCAACCACGCAGAUUUGUGUAGAAAAAUGUCCUUCUACCUUCUGGGCUGUCAGCCCUGUGGAUUAUAUGCCUGGAAAAUCAGUAAAUGAAGUUUUUAAUCAAAGUUUAUGCGUUCCAUCAUUGGACCUGAAAACAACCAAGUUGAGCGUUUCAGAAAUUGUGAGCAAAGAGCUCUGUCCUUUCUUCCACAUACCAACUACCCCAGCGUUGGGGAGAUGUUUCCCCGACGUCCAGAAACUAGGCUCAAUCCCCGGCUUUUUCGCCGACACCCCAGGUUUGCCGAGCUCGAUUAACGAGACGGCGAACCUCAUCAAGAACGGCACUGGCUCACGAGACAUAAUCAACAGCUUCAAUAUGAAAAACGUUGUCCUCCGGAUCUUUGAAGAUUUUGCAUCAGCCUGGCCGUGGAUUCUAGUUGGUUUGGUGGUAGCCAUGGUGGUCAGUCUGCUGUUCCUGCUGCUGCUGAGGUUCAUCGCUCCAGUGAUGAUCUGGCUGAUCAUCAUCGGACUCCUGGCAUCUGGUGCUUACGGAAUCUGGCACUGCUACUGGGAAUACGAUAACUACAAACAACAGUCUGCAAGCAUCACCGACGUCGGAUUCACCACUAACUUUCAGACUUAUCUGCAAGUCCAGGAGACCUGGCUGGCCAUUUUGAUAGUCCUCUGUGUGGUGGAAGUCAUCAUCCUCCUCACCGUCAUCUUCCUCAGAACCAGAAUCCUGAUAGCGAUCGCUCUCAUUCAGGAGUCCAGCAGAGCGAUUGGUCACAUGAUGUCUUCCCUGGCGUUCCCAUUGGUCACAUUUGUUCUGCUGCUGGUCUGCGUCUCCUACUGGGGCGCCACCGCGAUAUACUUGGCCACGUCAGGAGAGCCCAUCUACAAAGUGGUGGCUCUAAAUUCGUCGCACGGCGGCUGUUCGAGCAUCACCGGCAACGUGACCUGUGACCCUCAGACUUUCAACUCAUCACAUUACCCAGAGUGUCCUUCAGCCAGCUGCAUCUUCAUCAGCUACAACGAGGAAGGUCUCUUCCAGAAGAACAUGUUCAACCUGCAGAUUUACAACGCGGUGGCCUUCCUCUGGUGUGUGAACUUCGUCAUCGCCCUGGGGCAGUGCACGCUGGCGGGGGCCUUCGCCUCCUACUACUGGGCCUUCACCAAGCCGGACGACAUCCCCAUGUUUCCAGUGGGUGCCAGCUUUUUGCGGACACUCAGGUACCAUGUUGGCUCUCUCGCCUUCGGUUCUUUAAUCCUGACGCUGGUUCAAAUCGUGAGGGUUAUACUGGAGUACAUCGACCACAAGACCAAAUCGGCUCAAAACCCUUGUGCCCGUUUUGUCCUCUGCUGCUUAAAAUGCUGCUUCUGGUGUCUGGAGAAGUUUAUAAAGUUCAUCAACAGGAACGCCUACAUCAUGAUUGCUAUUUAUGGGAAGAACUUCUGUGUCUCAGCCAAAAACGCUUUCAGUCUGCUCAUGAGAAACGUCAUAAGGGUGGUGGUGCUCGAUAAAGUGACCGACAUUCUGCUGUUCUUUGGAAAACUGCUUGUGGUUGGAGGAGUAGGUGUUUUGUCGUUCUUUUUCUUCUCUGGGCGGAUCAAACUCCCAGGCGACACAUUUCGCUCUGAAACUCUCAACUACUACUGGAUGCCAAUUAUUACUGUGGUGUUUGGUAGCUACCUCAUAGCUCACGGUUUCUUCAGCGUCUACAACAUGUGUGUCGACACACUCUUCCUCUGCUUCUUGGAGGAUCUGGAGCGCAACAAUGGAUCCCUGCAGAAGCCGUAUUUCAUGUCCAGAAACCUCAUGAAGAUCCUCAACAAAUCCAACAAACAGGCAAAAUGAGGAAGACGUCUCUCUUCUUCUGCUCCCUUUAAUUAGCCCGCUGUGCUUUAUUCCCCCUCCUAAA